AUAAACUUCAAAUUAAAAAAUUUUAUAAAUUAAAAAUAUAAUUUGCUUGACUUGAAAUAAAAAAAAAUGGAAUAAUAUCUGAAAAAUAAAUAUUAUUAAAUAACUAAUGGAAAAUAGUUAAAUAUUAACAUUAAAAGCGAUCCUAUAAAACAAUUAAAAUAAGAAAUAAACUAUUUUAAGUCAUUUGUUUCAAUAGUUAAAGAAUAUUGUGAAAACGUAGGUCUUUAAUUAUUUAUUAACACAGAAAAAAACUAGUCUGACAAAGGAUACAUAUCAUAAGUUAUUAUAAACGAAAAAACUUUUUGUUAAGGUAGUGAUUUGAUUAAAAAGAUAUCAAGAGAAAUAGCUUGUGAGAAAUUUAUUUAAAAAUGCUUAAAUUAAGACUUUGAAGUAAAUGAGGAAGAUUAUUAUGAUUAAGGUGAAGAAGUUAGCAAUAGCUUGGAUUUUUCUAAAUUAGACUAUUAUGAUCCCUUAGUAAACUACUUAUAUUUUCUGCAAGUUUUUUAAAACUAUUCAAAAAUACCUAAUUUUAAAUUCAGAUUUAAAGAUAAGCAGGGUUAGAAUGAAGUUGUUGAUUUUACUUAUAAGGAUUUAUAAGAAGAGGGAGUUGGAAUAACUAAAUUUUAAGCAAAAAACCAAGCAAUUUUUAAAAUGCUUUAAACACUUAAAAAAACGAAUGAAUUUCAAAAUUUUAUGAAAAAACUACCUGAAAAUUAAAAUUAAGAAAGCUUGAAAUAGCCAAAUAUCAGAAAGAGAUAAAGAAAGCAAAGGAAGCAAAAAUAGACUUUUUAAAAUUCAAAGUUAAUCAAAAAACAAAAGAGUAAUGAUAUUUAACAAUUGAUUUUAAUUGAUUUGGAUUCAUAAGCAAAUAAAAUAAAAUAUAAUUAAACUUAGUAAGACAUUUCAAAAGAAACAUAAAGUGAGAAAUAAAGUUAGAUUAAGGAAGAAAUGUUAUUUAAAAAAAGAGAAACAAAUUAAUUAGGUAAUCAAACAGAUUAAAAUAAAGAUUAACAUAGUUAAUUUAUCCAAAUAAUUUAAGAACUAAAGCAAAAAGAAUAAAACUAAAAUUAAUCUAAUUAAACUUUAGACAGUUUAUCUUUAAAUGAAAUUAUACCUGUAUAAAAUAAUGAAUCUUAAAUUAAGUAAGUUAAUAAAAUAUAGCCUACUUAAGAAAGUUAAAAUUCAUAAGAUAAAUAAUUAAAAAGUAAAUCUUAAAGUUAAAAUAAGUAAGCUAAAGGAGAUGAAAUUAUUUUAGACGAUUAAAAUUCUAAAUAGCCAAUUGUCAUAACUGAUUAUGAUAAAACUCCAAAAAACACUUCUUUCAUAUAAGAUAGGUCUGUUAUUUUAAUAAAUAUUGAUUAAGAAGUUUCUUAGUAGGAAAAUUUAAAGAUUCUAUCUAAUAUUAAUUCUAAUUAGUCAAAUUAAUUAUUUAAAAGCCAAUAGAAUGAACCAGAGGAAUCAAAAUCUAAUGAAGUUAAUUCAUAAAAUACAGAAUAAAUAAAUUCUAAAUGUUAGAAUAAUAAUUAAAUUAAUUUAGAAGUAAGUAAAUAUUUAGACUAAAAAUUGUUUAGGGUUGCUAAUAGUGCUCUAUAUAACUCUCUUACAUAAAAAGUCUUUGAGUAUCUAAGCUAUAACUCUAUAUCUUAAGAAACCUAUAUCUAAAUUGCUAACAUGAUUGAUAAUAUAGAUGUGUUUAGUUAGGAAUGCUAACUAGGUGUUGUAUUCUUUUAAAUAGUAGGUUCUUUAUUUUAUAAAAUUGUCUGCAAAGAUUAAGUUAUUGGAGAUAUUGUUAUUGUUUGUGAUUCUAGCAUAUCAAACUAAUCUGAAGAGAAUACCAAAUUAGAAAUUUUUAAAAAAAUUAAAUAACUCUCUGUUGGAUCUAAAGUUUAAUAGUAUUUCAACUGUAUGAGCCUGAAAAAUAAUAAAAUCAAGUUAAAGAUUUAUAUUGAAUUUAUUUAAGAUAAAUUUCUGAGUUUAGAGCUUCAUCAUUGGAAUUAUAUGAAAUGCUAUCACUAAUUUAUCUUACAAAGUUAGUCUAUUCAAUCAAUUUUUAUAGCAGUCAGAAGGCUGAGGAGUUUUUAUUUGAAUAAAAUUAAUGUUUGUAUCUUAGAUGCAUUCAUAAUAUUUGUUACCAAAUAGCUCUAAUAUAUUGAACCUUGCCAAAAUAUUAUUGAUAUAAUAAAUUUAAUCAUUUUAAUUGGUAACUAUCCUUAAAUUGAUAAUCUAAUUUUUCUUGAAAACUUUAUGGAAUUUCAUAAAAAAAUGAUAAAAAAAGAUUUAAAUGAACUGAAAAACCUUUCUUUGCUAUUAAAAGAUCUUCCUAAAGAAAAAAUAUUUGAUUUUCUCAAUAUUUAGCAAUUAAAUUAAGAAGCUAUAAAUAAUGAAGUUCUAUUAAUUUAAUGA